CCUCCUUCCCCUUCCCCUGCCCUUGCUGCUGCGUUUGGGUGGCUCCUCGAUUCUGAGGUCGGGGAAGGGUGCAUAAAUCGGCUCCAGCUCUUCUCGCUGAUUGGGCAUUGCAAGCAUCACCCGAGAAGUAACUGCCUGUGUAAGCCUCGAACGAAAGACAGGCCGGAUUCGGCGAGGUCCAUGGCAGUGGUAAUUUACUGAUAGCGUCCACUGGCAGUCUGCUCUCAGGCUCAGGCCGUCGUAUAUGAAUGACGUGAGUUCCUGGCUGUGCGUGGCUGGUUCGUAUGAGGGAUCCCUUCGAUGAGAUGAGCUUUCGCUGUAACUCGUAACGAAACUCCCAGCAGCUGAGCUCCCCUGCCUUGUUCAAUUCUUCACUCGUCCUGCAUCCCAUUUUAUGGUGCUGUAAGCAGCUUGGCGGUUAAGUCGCCCGAAAAUGGACACUGCUGUUUCUUCCAGUGUUGUAUGUAACAUGAAAUGUGCGGGAAUACCUUACAAAUAUGUUUUUCAGUCAUCAUCGGUGGUGACAGGAGGUAAAGGCCACACCCUGUCGUGGCGGUCAUUUCGGAAAUAUCCGAGCUCAUUCGAAUCGCCUCUUAUGAAAAAUUUUACGUCUUCAGUAAAAACCCAUCGAUCUCAAAUUUGUUCGUUGAAAUUUGGACGAGCCGAUCCUCCGCUUUUGUAUGAUUGUCAAGAUAAGCGUUCCUCCUUGAGGAACUAUCUGUCAUCAUCGAAUACAUUGUUUAAUUCCGAUUGGAAGUCUGACAGAAGAGGACGUACGUUUUCCCCGAGACGUUCUUGUUGCAUUCAAUCGAGCUUGCGUGCUGCGGAUCAGGUGGAAGUGUUGGUGAAUCAAGAGAGCUUUAACAAACAGCUUCUUACAAGAAUAAACAUUCUCAAGGAACCGUAUAAAAGGCCUCUCCUGCUCAGCAACUGUCACGUGGAGACUAUUUUUGCCGCUUACUUUCGGACUUUGCCAACUAUCCAGUACAAGAGGGAAUGUCUGAAAAUGGUGGAUGGCGGAACAGUAGCCUUGGAUUGGCCUGUUGGUGGUGAAGAUGCAGGCCUGUGGAGUAGUGAUUUGCCGGAGGAUGCGCCAGUGCUUGUUCUUCUGCCUGGUUUGACAGGAGGCAGCGGUGAUACAUAUGUGAGGCACAUGUUGGUGAGAGCGAGGAAGGCAGGAUGGAGACCUGUAGUGUUUAAUAGUCGUGGAUGUGGCGACAGUCCCGUCACUUCUCCUCAGUUUUACUCCGCGUCUUUUACAGAGGAUCUCCGUCAAGUUGUUAAGUAUGUCGCCAACUAUUGUUCAAAUUCGAGAAUUUAUGCCGCUGGCUGGUCGUUGGGUGCCAACAUUCUGGUCCGCUAUCUGGGUCAGGAGGGUGAAAACUGUGUACUGUCAGGUGCAGUUUCAUUGUGUAAUCCCUUUGACUUGGUACUAGCGGAUAUAAACUUCCACCAAGGUUUCAACAACAUUUAUGAUAAAAGUUUGGCCUCAGCACUGCAAAAGAUAUUCAAGAAACAUGCAAAACUCUUCGAAGGAAUCGGUGGAGAAUAUAACAUUGAAAAAGCAGCCAACCCAAAAACUGUCAGGGACUUUGACGAGGGAAUCACUAGAGUGUCGUUUGGCUUCAAAACUGUGGAUGAAUACUACGACUUUUCAUCCAGUUCUCGCUCUAUUAAGGAUGUCAGAAUCCCUCUUCUAUGCGUACAGGCUGAAGAUGAUCCAAUUGCACCAGCAGCUGGUAUACCAAGAGCUGACAUUGAGGCAAACAAGAAUUGCGCACUGGUCGUUACUCCAGGUGGAGGACAUUUAGGAUGGAUUGCUGGAGGAGAAGCUCCGUUGGGUGCCCCAUGGACAGAUCCUCUUGUCAUGGAUUACUUGGUGUUGCUUAAUUCUCAGGUGUCGAGCGGUAAAGGACCUGAUACCAGGAAAAGACAGGAAAGCGAUGCGAGGUUGGUGAGCGUGGACAUGGUUGGAGGUAGUAUGGGUGUGCCAGAGCCAGAAGAAGCUGUAAUCCGAUGAAGAACAGUGCUUCUGUCAUGAAAGAUUUGAGUCUUAUUCAUUGUUGAAAGAGUGAGCUUGGGCAAAUUCUCCAAUCACUCGGUAACAGUAGUCAGGAUAGAGAUGCAGAAUUAGCGUCAAGCAUGUGGCAUAUGGGAUUACCAUGACAAGAUUGAGUGAAUUGUCAAUAGCACCUUACACCAUGGAGCCAAAGAUUAUUCUUCGUUCUUCUUCAUCAUGUAGAGAUACCUUGCAUAGUCUUCUGUACUCGACACUGCCUUGCUUCAACAAGGACGUGGUUGUCCAAUCUAUUGAUGUUCUGGACUGUAAGAUUUUAUCAGUAAGUAAACAUCAUACGCACCAACCAUCUGGUGCCCUGUACACUAAUCAGCAAACAACGUUUUC